CGGGAGAGGGUCACGUGGUUCUGACAAUGCGUGUUCCCAGGUUAAAUGUGCGACGGCGCCCUCUAGCCUCCUGGGCUUUCGAAUUCUUGCUGUUCAUGGCGCUGGGGUAUGUGUCCUUCCAAUUAUUAUUUGCUGUUAUCGUAUUCCCGUGGGAUCAGAGGUUUAUUCCAUCUCCAGUACCAGUUUCGUGCAUCUCGGAUAAGGAUGGAGUGUCAGCGAAUCAACCCAUUCCUAUCUGUAGCCACACCAACAGCAGCAGCAGCAGCAGCAGGAGUCGUAGCAGCAGGAGUCGUAGCAGCACCACCAUCGUUGCCGCCCAACGUGAUGAGUUGUGGCCGCCAGUGGACUAUACCGUUGCAUUUAUUCGCCAAGAGGAUGCGAAAGUCCCGCCGAUUAGCCAAGCUAAGCGCCCUUCAUCGUAUCUGCACUAUCAUGGAUCCAGGAUACAAGCACAAGCUGAAACCCGAUCUCGCGUGGCAUUGAUCGCACCCUAUCGCAAACGACCUUUACAGCUUCAAAACUUCUCCAUCUCCAUCCAGGACUUUCUGCGUCACCAGAAUAUCGACGCUCACAUAUUUGUCGUCGAACAGCUCGGCAAAUCCAGGUUUAACCGAGGAUCUCUUCUAAAUAUUGGCUUCAUAGAGGCCACUUCUCAGCCACGGAGGAACAUCAAGGAAGAGCAGGAUUAUGAUUGUGUGGUCACACAUGAUAUUGACCUCAUCCCGGUCAGCGAUUCACGCAAUAGCUACGACUGUUUGGCGAAUGCCAGUGUGCGUGCGAUCCAGCUGAGCACGGCCAUCGACUGGUACGGAUGGAAACUGGCGAAUGAGUGGUCUGACGGCGGCGUGUGCAUGUUUCGUACACAGACGUUCGAGCACAUCAACGGUUUCAGCAACCGCUUCUUCGGAUGGGGCGGUGAGGAUAAUGAUCUAAGGAACAGACUGGAGUCGCGAAAUAUAACCUUCCACCGUCGACCUAACUCGGUGGGACGCUACGUUGCUCUGAAGACAGGUCAUUACAGAGACAUCGAGGACUGGACAGGGAUGGCCGCGAAGCGACUGCAUCUACUGCGCCAUUCGAAGCGCUUCUCCGGCGAGGGCCUGAGUACAAUUCGAUAUAGGGUUGUGGGACGAUCGACACACCCUCUAUACACAAUGAUAUCCGUGAUACUUCAUCCACAGGAGGAUACCGUCAUUCUCAAGCGCCUAGGCGACUACCGAGACGAUCGCAGUACUGUCAAGUCUACCACGCGUCACUGAUCAUACACGGGGAAAUACUACUCGAACUUCUUGCAGGCACAAUACAAUGCCUGUGAGUCUUGUACUUGUAGACCGGGUCUAUGUCCAGCACACCAUCAUAGGUGAGAGAAUCAUGCAGGUCAACGUCUACCACUCGUACUCGGAAGCAGGUCAAAGGGCAAUCCUGCCGCAUCAUACCCAGUACCCAGUCUGGUCCACUACAUACACCCUGCCUGCUCCACUAACGACGGGGUUACGUAAGUCGUUACACCCGGUCUGGUCCACUACAUGGACCCUACAUACCUACGCCACUGCAUACACACUACCCGUUCCACUACAUACCUACAUGUACAUGUACACCUAGUCCGGUCCGCCACACUGCCCGGACCACUACAUACAUGUACAUCCUGUCCUUUCCACCGUACCCAGUCUGUUCGACUUUACCCAGUCCGUUCCACUGUACCCAGUCCGUUCCACUGUACCCAGUCCGUUCCAUUACGCCCUGCCCACUCACGUUCUUCUGCAGAUUACACUUUCUACGGGAGACCAUAACCAAGAUAAAGAAAGGAGAAUCUCCACUCCAGUGUUGAUGACAAACAAACAAUACGGACAAACAAGGCGAAAGUAGCGUUAGGGGUUCGUCGAGAGCUAUGUGUAUGCUCAGUUUGUAUUCUAUGCCUGUACAUGUACUUGCAGUACACGACUGUACAGUCCACGCUGACCAUCCGCACAAGUACAUGUACGUCAAGAAGGAAGACGACACGGAGCUUCGAUGUGCUUCUGAACUCAAGCACAUUGUAUUACAGGUUGACUGAUAGCACUUAUGGCAUGGGUGUGCGCACUAAUGUUCUAGAACGAUCGAAUACAAGAGGAAAGUUGUGUGUCAGAGUUUUAGUGUCGCUACUUUAACCCUUUGAGGUUUAAAAUAUACCUGUACGUGUCCUAGUACUGGUAUGCUGAACUUCGCCAAUGUUUCGUACGUCUACCGCCAACACCGCAGUGGUCACAAGUAGCCAAUAAACACAGCUGGCAAAGGAGAGAGCAAUAUCCACGGCUCGCACAGUACAGUGGUGUGUCGCCAUACAUGUAGAUCAGACAGUCCUCCCCAACCGUACUGUGUAUCCUCUGCCAUAGGUCAGACAGUCAGACCUCCCCAACUGUACAGUGUGUAGGCUAUUGCUGGUGGCAUUGCCAAUUCUAGUGCAGUAUAAACUAAAAUAACUACAUUGUACAUGUAUGUAUUCUAUCUCAGCUGCAUCAACAGUAUCGUGUACAGUGCGUGGGGCAGGGAGCCUGAAGGCGUCAUCCUCGAGCAUGCCAUCAAUCAUUGCGGGUGCGUGUGUGAGGUCAUGUGUUCAUAUUUUCAGGACUGAAUCGCACAAUCGCACCCAGCACCCAAUGCACUCUCGUGUGGCUACACAACCAAAACGAAUUGAACCCUGCACACAAGGGCCAUGCACACGACGGCCAUGCACACAACGGCCAUGCACACAAGGGCCAUGCA